UGCUUCUCCUCUCAGUACCGUCUCCAUCUCAGUCCAUUUCGGGAGUCGAGCCCGUCAUUCUCUGACGUGACCGGAACAUGCAUUUUGGCGCAAAGCAGAUGUUGAAUUCAUGCGAGUUGUAUUAUUAACAGAUUGGCUGUUUUUACUUGUUGGUGUUGAGUCUAACUCACUUUCUUGCAUCAAAAGAGACCGUUUACAAGAUCAUUACAACUUAAAAACGACAAAAUGGCACUUCAGAAUAAAAUCCUUCAACUGAGCUGCAGGGGUGUUUCGGGAGAAGUGCUCAACAAGAGGUUUGCCAGUAAUUCUCGCGCGCUGCUCAAAUCUGCAACCAGCGAGUCGCUCCGGAUCUGUGCGACCGGACAAGAGACUUUCCCGGAGGAUUUGAUCACACCGGGGGCCAGUGCGGAGGUGGUCGCGAAGGAGACCCGCAUCAAGAGUCUGAAAGAGAUGCCGGGACCCAGCGCCGUCAGCAACCUGAUCGAGUUCUUUUACCGGGACGGUUUCAGUAGAAUCCACGAAAUACAGGUGGGCUACUUGGGUCUUUUGUUUUUGGAUUGAAUAUUUAGGUGAUUU